AUGAGGAUAGUUGGUGGACAGCCAGCUUCAGAUAGGAAGUGGCCCUGGCAGGUGAGCCUGCAGGUCAAUGAUGAACACAUAUGUGGAGGUUCCCUCAUCGCCAAGCAGUGGGUGCUGACUGCUGCCCACUGCAUAUUUAGCGAAAUGGAAUACACAGUGAAGCUGGGAGACGUAAACGUGAAACACACCUCCAGGAUGGCAGUUGUGGUACCAGUCCGAGACAUCGUUAUCCACCGGAAUUUUGGUUCUUUGACAGCAUUCCAAAGUGACAUUGCCCUUGCUUUCCUUGAGUUCCCUGUGAAUUAUUCCUCCCACAUCCAGCCUGUGUGCCUCCCUGAAAAGACUUUCCUGGUGCAAGAUAAUAAAGAGUGCUGGGUGACUGGAUGGGGAAAACUAAAUGAACAAGCUAAAUCAGGAACAGCUCCAGUGAUCCUUCAGGAGGCUGAGCUAAGUAUUACACGCUAUGAGAAAUGUAAUGAGAUACUCAAGAGAAAGUUGAAAAGUCAUGUUGAUUUAGUCAAGAAAGGGGUUAUCUGUGGCUACAGCGAACAAGGAAAGGACUCUUGCCAGGGAGAUUCUGGGGGGCCCCUGGUCUGUGAAUUUAAUAAGACGUGGAUCCAGGUGGGGAUUGUGAGCUGGGGUAUUGGCUGUGGUCGUGGAGAAUAUCCUGGAGUUUAUACAGAAGUUAGUUUCUACAAGGACUGGCUCCUUGGUCAACUAAGCCAGGCUUACUCUCAGAACUCAGCAGGUUUCUUCAUCUUAAGCCUGUGUCUGGUGUUGCUCCUCGGCAUCCUGGCAACCCCGUGA